AUGGAUAAGAACCUGAAACUAUUUCAGGAUAUGAAGCCUCCGUUAUUUUCAAGUGGCGGACCUAUAGAGGCUGAGGACUGGCUAAUGCGGAUUGAAAAGAUCCUUGAGGGCAUGUCUUGCCCAGAGGAUAGGAGAGUGACAUUGGCUGCUUAUGCCUUUGAUGGAGAGGCUGAGAGGUAUGCCCCUCACCUGAUACCAAAUGCUGAGGAGAAGUGUCACCGCUUUCUGAAUGAGUUAAAGGAUAUGAUAAGGCAGCCUCUCAUUUCUUUUGGAAUUGAGGAUUACUCUAUUUUGGUGGAAAGAGAGUUUCUACUUGGAAGAAGUCCAGAUCCAGCAACUCUGACAGCAUUGCUUCAACUGCUACUUUAUGCACUUGGACAUAUGACGAAGUCUUGCCCUCUUUUGGGACAAAAAUUUGCUACAGAGAUUAGAUCAGGCAAUAAUACUCAGAGGACUGCUGGUAGACCAAUAGUUGUGGAGUUUACAACUUCUGUGCCUUCUCAAGUGUUUUCCAAGAUUGAUUUGAGGCUAGGGUAUCAUCAGCUCGGGAUUAUAGAGAAGGACAUUACAAAGACUUCUUUCAGUAUUAGAUACGGGCAUUAUGAGUUUGUAGUGAUGCCCUUUGGUUUGACAAAUGCUCCUGCAGUAUUUAUGGAUCUCAUGAAUAGAACCUUUGAGCCCUCUUUAGAUCUAUUUGUGAUAGUAUUCAUAGAUGAUAUACUUGUUUACUCCCCUGAUUUAGAGAUACAUGCAAAUCAUUUAAGGGCACUGAAGAGUGUAAAUUUUUUGGAGCAUGUGAUCACUGAUGGGAAGAUAUCCGUGGAUCAGCAUAAGGUGCAAGCAACAGCAGACUGGCCAAGACCAGCUAUAGUGACUGAGGUUAGGAGCUUUUUGGGAUUGGCAGGCUACUAUAGAAGGUUUGUUGAAGGAUUUUCACAGAUGGCUAUGCCACUAUCCUGA